UCCUGGAACACGCUGCUCCUGCGCCUUUAAGAGCAGCCGGGCGCUCCGCCGCUCCAGGAAUCCGCUUUCCGGGAUUUCGCUCUCGCCUCGCACAGCGGUCAACUUCUGGGGGAGCGGAGGGCUCAGUCGUCUUCACGCCACACUGUUGUCUGGAGCUGCGAGGCUUUGCGGAGGCUGCGUGUUCUCGUUACCCAUCCGAAGAUGUCUGGGGAAGAAGCACCUGCACAGCAGCAGACGCCCGAAGAACAAAAGCAAGACGCCCAGCAGAACGAGGAGGCGAAGCAGGAGCAGUCCAAGCCCGCAGCAGAGGCACCGGCGGAGAAGGAGGUCGAGGAAGAAGUUUUCACGUACCGGUCCCUAGUGCUGUCCGGCUAUGGAGGCUACGAUAAAGUCAAACUGCAAGUGAAAAAGGGGAUGCCGAGCCCCAAAACCGGGGAGGUGGUGGUGCGGGUGAAAGCCUGCGGCUUGAAUUUCGCCGACUUGCUGGGCAGGCAGGGUCUGUACGACCGGCUGCCGUCGCCGCCCGUCACCCCCGGGAUGGAGUGCUCGGGGCUGGUGGAGGCGGUGGGCGAGGACGUCACGGACAGGAAAGUUGGCGACAAGGUCAUCGUGCUGAGCAGGUCCGGCAUGUGGCAGGAAGUGGUUGCCGUGGCCGCCAGUCACACCUUCCUCAUGCCCGAGGGCAUGACCUUUGAGGAGGCUGCAGCCAUCCCGGUGAAUUACAUCACCGCCUACAUGAUGCUGUUCGACUUCGGCAACCUGAGGCCCAAUCAGAGCGUCCUCAUCCACAUGGCGGCAGGUGGAGUGGGUGUUGCUGCUACCCAGCUGUGCAAAACGGUGAAGGAUGUGACCAUCUUCGGGACCUCCUCAGCCAGCAAGCACGAGGCCAUCAGCGCCAUGGGCGUCACCCAUCCCAUCGACUACCGCACCCGUGACUACGUGGACGAGAUCCGCAAAAUCAGCCCCAAAGGACUGGACAUUGUCCUCGACCCCUUGGGAGGCUCGGACACCCACAAAGCCUUCAACCUCCUACGACCGAUGGGCAAGCUCAUCACCUAUGGGGCUGCCAAUGUGUUGACUGGCCAGAGAAAGAACCUGAUCGCCUUGGCUAAGACCUGGUACAACCAAUUCAGCAUCAACGCCAUGAGCCUGAUGCAUGCCAACAAGGCCGUGUGCGGCUACAACCUGGGCUACCUGGACAGCGAGUUUGAGAUGAUCACAGACGUGGUGGCCAAGCUGCUGGACCUGUUCAAGCAGGGCAAGAUCAAGCCCAAGGUGGACAGCACCUGGCACUUCGAGCAGGUGGGAGAUGCCAUGAGACGGAUGCAGGAGAGGAAUAACAUCGGCAAAGUUAUCCUGCUUCCUGAGCCCAAGAAAGAAGAGCCGAAAACGGAAGAGGCCAAGAAGGAGGAGGUCAAGAAAGAUGAGGCCAAGAAGGAGGAGAAUUAGGACCCGGGUCAGGCAGGCGCUCGGGAGCCAUGUUCCGAGGCAGGAGUGGAAUCCCAGACUCUGAUUGCACAGCAGUUUGAGCCCAGGCCCCCAGUGCAGCCUGGAUUGGCUCGAACUGCUCUGCAACAGGAGUGGGCAUUUCCCAGUCCUCCCCUCCUCCGCCCUCCCCUGAAAAUGAUUGUGAUUUGAGUUUUGAGUUGCUUAUUUGCUCAGGACCCGCAAACAGACAGACAGGCUUCCUAACACCAGCCUGGUUUUAUUAGGAAAUCGGCCCUUCAGCAGAUUGGAACGAGCGCUUCAGGUAGCUGUUCCAGGUCGGUUAUUAAAAUCUGGACAUGACUGGGUCUACAUCCGUCUCUUUUGGUGUUGCAAAGGAGCCAGAGGCUUUGAAAGCAUUUGGGUUUGGCUGCUGAAAAAAUACAUGAAUGCAUGCGCACCUAUUGAAUAACAGGGCUACUGGCAUUUCUGUGCAUGAUGGUCACCCCUCAUCAGUUUGUUGCUCACCCUUUAUAGCCAGAGACUAUUUCCAGAUUUUUGUACUCGGUAUUGCAAGAUCUAGUAGCACUAUGUUUCCUAAGUGAACGAAGAAUAAAAAUGAAUCAUAGUAAAAAAAAAAAAAGUGAGCAUCUCUGAGCUUCCUGCCUCAACCUUCCUGCUGCUGUCUUUUCCCUUUGCACACAUCUUCUCAACACUUAAUUCCUUUCAGCUGUGGUAAUGCAAGCUGGCACAAAACAGGCUUAAAUACUUUUUGCUUGUGCUGUGCAGGUCAGAUGGCAAGAAUGUGGCCUAAUUAGUUCAUCAAGUAGCAUACCUGUGGUUUAAGAGCUCUCCACAAGCAGGGAAGCUCAAAUGUGAAAAUGCCCGCUGACUGAUGUAUGGUUAGGCACGUAGUCAGUGCUACACCCUUCCAGCAAAUGAGAACCUGGCUGCAGUGAACACAUGGCUGCAACUAUAAGACAUGUCGCCCAGCAGCACAGCUGGUCUCGUCAUUGUGUACUGUAGGUGUUUUUCCAGGGGACAUGAGCCUUUUUCCUCAUGAUUUUGGUUCCUGGCGUUUUUUUUCCCUCACAACCCAGGGCAUCUCAAUCUUCUGUGACCUAUCGGAAAUAAAAAGCGGAUUCCGGCCACGCCGUCUCCCUCCUCGCGGGAGGAGCCGCGGAGGCGGUCGGCAUGGCAACAGGCAGCAGCAGAAACGGGAAAGCUCUUGGCGGCCCUCACCCCGAACGCAUGAGGCAGGAGCGCUGUGCUUCAUGGCCCCAGAAGGAGCACAGCGCUCCUGCCUCGCAUUAAAACUUCUCAUGCAAAGAUCUGAGGUUUAUAAACUCAUUUUAUCAGCAAAUGUUUUUCUAGUGAGCUAAUCUGGAAGAAAGGGACAAAAUCUCAGCCCUGCAAGAUCUUUUCUUUUGCUGUCCCAGAUCACUUGAUUCUGUUUAAAUCCAGGUGGGACUACAGAGGCACUUCAAGUUUCCAAGUACAGGGACAGUCACACCCACAUUCUUACUAUUCUAAUCACACCAAUUCUUAGCGACUUCUAAUUUCAAGCAUGGGAAAUUGAUCAAUUUGAUGAUGCAUCAGCCUGUAUAUAGGUUACAGCUAUAAAGGCUGUGAUCAGAUGACACCUGGUGGUCUUGCACAGAAAUGCAUGAAGAAUUAGGAAGUUCCCCCCUUCGGUACUUGGAUAAAUGAUGUUUGUUCCUAUUGCCCACUGAAAAUUACCAGUUCCACAUAUUUUGAACUUGCCUCCUAAGUAAAAUAUUGCUGUUUUCAUCUCUGAACAAUUGUUAUGCAAAUCACUUCUGGUAUGAAGGUGCUUUCAGUGUCUUUUUCAGAAUGCAGCCUUUUUGACUGGUAGCAACUGCUUCCAUCUUCCUUUUUGGAAUAUCAUCUCCAUGUUCCACAUGCUGGGCUUGACUGUGUCUCUUUACGGGUCCUGAGGAGUUGGCACUGGGGUUAGCGUUCGGACUAGCCGAGGUUGUGACAGACUUCGUGUGAGUGGGACACGUGUCUGUUUGCGCUCUGUUGGUGUGUGUGUGUGUGGGCUUUACCGCACAGGGGCUCAGGCAGCAGCCUCCCCACCUGAGCCGCACCCUGCGUCCGCAGUGAAGGUAAAGGCACUGCUCCUCGGCCUGCGGACUAAGGAAAUGGUCAUUGCUAACAAUGCAGCGACGCAGGUCUUUCGCAAGUGAUGGUUACAACCACACGUUAAAAUGCUUCUCUUCCUAGGUUUUAUUUCAGUGUUUUCCAUAUAUGAGCCUGUCCUUCAAAUGUUAAUUUAAGUUGCAUUUCCAGAGGAUCUGCCACAGCAAUUUGAGGCUUCCCAAGAGCUUCAGGAUAAUCCAGCCGCUGUAGCUGUGAACAGGCUGGUGUGACUCUGUCCCUGGUCGCACCGGUCCCCCUGCUGUGGGCGGUGCAGGGCUGAAGCAGGGCAUGCUGGGAGCCAAGAGCACUGCACAAGGAAACGGCUCUUGUAUUAAUGCACCUGGACAAUAAAACUUAAACCAAUGUUUUGAUUAGUGAAAAGGAAAGUUGCCUGUUGUAAGAUCCUAAGACCCAACUAGCCCUGGUUUCUCCACACUUUCCCAAACACGGUUACUGCUGCACUAGAGCAAAGCCAAGCUUGACCUGGAGAUAAUAUACCUGCAACACACAAGGCCAUUAAAAUAGAUGAACACCAUAGUGCCUGGUCUGAUGCCAUGCAGGGCCUGCUGCUUGUGCUUGUGCUAAUUCUGCUAGGAAAGUCGCUGAGUGGGGAAGGCCAGCACUGCUGGGUCUAGUGCAGCAGUGCAGGUGGGGGCUGGUGGCCCGAGCCCUGGUGCCUGUGUGAGGACAGUAUUGAUAUUUCUGCACUCCGCUUGCUGACCUUAUUGCACUUCCAAGGGUUCCUGUUUUACUGUGUUUGUACCUGUGAUGGUGUAGAGAACGUUUGUGUCGGUAACAAAAGCUCAAUAGAAGGAUGGUCUACUUUUUUUAAGGGUUUAAAAUUCAAAGUCGUUUUCAAGGAUCUGCUGCAUAAUUUCAAUAUUUUUUCCACAAGACCAAGUGUGCCAAAUUCUGUGAAAAUCCAUUGUCAGAGCUUUAGCACCUGUUACUCAUGGGCUUUGUCUUGUCUUUUAAAAAAAGAACCAAAUAGAAUUAUUUCACCAGUUUAAAAUGUCUACAGAUGUUUUGCUACUAUUCCAGCGCUGCCGUGUGCCAAAUCUGAGUUCCCCUGUGUGUGGGUCCACUUGCCUCGAGCCCCGAUCUCCCCGUUUCCCUGUCUGACUAGACCUGGGUUCGAGACUCCGUUCCUGGUUUCACUCAUUCCCUCCGCUGAGCUUGAACUGUUCGUUCAGAUGGGUGUGGGGGCAGGGGUCACGCUUUAUUUGAACCCCGAUAACCAAACGUCAUUCUGAUAAAGUUUCUCCCCAAAGAGGCAUCUCUAGGCUGGAGUUUGAUAACCUAUCUGCCUCUCAGGAUUUCACUGCCUUCUUGAUUGUAUUCCAUCUGAGCUCCUUACCCAUUUAACCCUUUUAACUUAAACUAGUAAUCUGAUUAGAGUGGAGCUUUUUAGUAGUAGAAAAGCAUAAGCUGCUUAGUGCUUGAAUUCUGCCAGUGAUGAGCCUGUUCAAGGAUCAGGUGGAGGAAUGGAGGACCCUCUGAGGGUGUGACCAGACAGACAGGAGACCCAAAGGCUCUCCGAUUUUAUGGAAGGUGAAGAAUUAAUAAACCGGGGAACAAGCCUCGUGUUCUGGGCCUAAUAGGCACGAUUCUGCUGCCUUGGACAAGAUGGGUUUCAGAAAGCAGGAUUCGGUCUGCGGAGGUUUGGAAGACUUCCCCUCACCCCCUCUUCCACCUGCAGGGCCUGUGGAAAACGGGUGUCGUCGUGGUACAGAACCAAGAGUGUUCUGAUACCUCAGCUCCCGGCCCAGUCCAGUCUGCUAGAGCUGCGUCGGUAUGUUCUGCAGCUUCUGUCCCUUUUUUUUUUAAAAGCACAAGUUGGUUUCAGUGUAAAUAGGUUUUGUGCAGAAGAAAACAGGGUGGUUCUGAUCCACCUGCAUCUGUAUGUCCUGCCUGUGAGAGCAGCUCAGUGUUUUCAGAGCGAAAACCAAGCUCCAGGUGUGCACUGUGGCAGACUUGUGGUAUAAUUUGGAUCACAGCCACUUUGCAUGCAAGACACGUUUUAUAUCAUUUUAAACUUUGCAAGUCUUCAUUUUCUGGGCAUUUAUGAAACAGAACAUGCUGCUUCAUGUUUCUGGGGAGAAUGGGCGUAGUGUAAAGGCAGUCUCUUUGUCAAAUGGAUUUGUGGAUCUGUUAUGUUUCAGCCGUGGUCGGCUUGAGUUAGAUUUCCUGUUCUGUCAGCUGAUGGUGUUACCCUAGUUAAAGAGCUGGGAUUGCAGAAGGCGUCCCCUAGUGGGAUAACGUUAGACUCUACUGUGAUGGGCUGACAAAAUGAUUUGUACUUUUCUCAUAAAUGGAAGAGGUAAGCAUAGUUCUCCAUUAAUACAGAAAUUAACACUAUCUUUGUGUGUACGGGCCUGUCUAAAUCUGAGCUAAAGAAACUAACAAAGUGCUUUAAAGUACAUUUUUUUAAAGAUUGCUCAGAAAUGUGGCUAAGCUAAUUUGUUAAUGCUAUGCCUUUAAAGUUUUUGGAAGAGGUACAACAGAAUCACUGCCUAAUUUGCAGCUGUGAAAAACAUCUGCCUGGCCUUUAACCUUCUAUCCCAAAAGCUUUUCCACUCUGUAGAGCUCAUCUUCCAGGCAUGUGCGAAAUCUGCAGAAUUGUUUUAUAAUGAUUAUCUUUCAGAGCCAGAGGACAUAAUGCAAAAGUUUAGUUAUUCAAGUCACUCUCGUUUUCUGUUUUAUUAUACAUUUAUGGCUACAAUUAAUUAAUUCUGUAAUUUUUCUGUAUAUUACAUAUAUGGAUUUCACAGUAGGCUGAGGUUCAGUCUGCCAAUAAAUUAAUCAGAAAAGAAGUUUUAAUGUUGCACACAAGGUUAUGAUAAAUAUGAUUUGUUUCAAGAAAAAGUACCUCUGCAGCUGUUUAGAGCAACAUUAAAACUUUUCUUUUCAUGUCUAUAUGCACGGUUGUCAUGUUUCCUCUUUUAUACAUUUAAGAGUCAUAACCCAAUUUCAAACCCGUGGCUUUUAAAACGCACUGUGUCUGAAUUUCUGCCCAUUAAGGUACAAUAACUACUGUCUUAGCUUUUACCAGGUGCCUGUUCUUGACUGCAGUUUUGUAAGGAAAUGUUGCAUUUUGCUGUAAUUUUCCAAUAACUUGGUACUUAGUACAGUUUCUGUAUAGUAUAGAUAAAUCUGACUUGUCCACAUUCCACAUAAUUGAUUUUAAAAUACCAUGUAGUCUUAAUGCCUGCUGGAUUGCAACACUACAGUGUCUAGUGUGACUAAAGAAACUGCUGCCAGCUUUAAAUCCUAGUGCCUUGUUAUUCAGUCUGCAACUGCCUUAGCCAUACAGCUGCUCACAUACAGACACCCUAGUCUCUCAGUGGAAUAAGGCUGUAUUCAAGCUUCAGUGGAAAUACUGCUUUGCCAACUGUCCAUGGAAACCAAGCAGAACUGACCCACCUCGAGCACUUGCAUUGCAUUAUGGGAUGUUCCUGGAACAUGCAGUCCAGGUUCUAAAGCGAGAGGGACCCAUCCCAGUCUCCGAGCGACUGGCGGCUCAGCAGAGCUCUGGGAGCUGCUGUUUAGUGUCAUAAGUGCUCAUGGUUAGAGAGAAAAGGGGUUACGAUUCAGGUAAAGGGUAUAUUCAUCCUUGGCCUUGCAAGGGCUUAAAAGAUUAAACUGGGCUAAUGGGCGGCAAUGGUUUCACUCAAGAACGAUGUAUAUACUAUAUAAGCUUGCCUCUGUAACUUUUAUUCUGAUCAAGGUUUUCUAAAAAAGGCUUCAAGUUCAAAAUUACAUUUUCCUUAUUGAGGUAGUUUUUAAAGCCAGUGACAGUGCGGCAUUAAUACUGUCCUGUAAUUUAAAGUGCUGUUAUGUAGGAAGCUAAAGGAGUCCUCAGCUCAAUGUGUUAUGUUAUUGGUGCUGUGAAGGUAAAAGUAACAGGAACCACUGAAAGGGCCCUUUUGAGACAUUCUGCUUUUGAGCCAAUAGCUGAGGGGUUUGAGUCAGCUCAAACAUAAAACGGCACUGACUUUCAAAGAAAUAAAAGAUAGUUUUGAAAGUUCCAGAUAUUUAAAGCCAUUUUUGUCUCUUCAGUUCAGAAAAGGGGUUUGUUGAAAUGUUCUGGCAGUGAGAAGCUGUAGCUGAAGCACGGAUCAGGAGGGUGGGAGGGAGGAACGACGGGAAUUUGUCCAGGUCCCUGGGAGGGGAUAAUGGCUUUCCCAGCUCUGUGAGGAUGACUGCACAGCCUGGCGAUUGUUUUAAACGAACCACUAAUGGCUGGAAUGGAUCAAAAACAUUCCUGCAAUUUGUACUAUGAAUGAGUGUUUUAACCCCAUUUUUGUCUCUCUGCUCUGUAAAUUAGCUAUACCUGUGAUACAUGUGGAAAUCAUUGAUUUUGAAGAUUUACAAGUACAAGAGCAACAAGCUGUAGGAUAUUUCAAAACAAGAACUUAAAAAAAACAUUCUAUGAUUAAACCCUGAUAUUUUUAAUGUGAAAAUUGGUCAUUCCAACUUUGGUGCAUUAAUAAUGAUCCUUGUUAAACAUGUUCAAAAAGCUGUAAAAGGAGACUUGUUGCUUUGUUCACUUUGUACAAUCCUGGGUGUUUUCUGUGUGUAAGGUCGAUCCAUAUCUGUGUGUUGCAAAGUGUUCUGAGAAUGAAAAAUUGACUGCGGGACUGUAAGUCUGUCCUGACCAAUACUAGUUAUCAUAGUUAGAUUCCAAAUGCUUUUCAAAGAAUAACUCUCACAAUUACCUCUUUUAUGUUUUCUUAAAAGAGCAAGUUGAAGGUAAAUAGACUGUAGUCUCUCUUGAUGCUUAGUGACAGAUACCCAGCCAUACACCGUCAGUUUCAUCCAUCUUCUUCAACUGUGAGUCGGCCAUGUGGGGUUUAUAUGAGCACAAAGGGAAUUCGGCAGAUCUGGGCUUUGUCCUUAAUGAGUAGAGGGCUAUUAGAAUCACGAGCGUUUGCUGGUGUUUGAUGCCUCUUUGUAUGUUUUCUAAACCUCUUUUCGGAGUGUGUGCCCUGCAAGGGGCUCGGCCCUCCUGUCGGUGGCUGUGGCGGGCGGUUCGGCCGGGGGAGGGAGUGAGUCAGCGUGCCAUGUGUGGCACAGCAAUGCCAGUCCUCGUGUGCCAUCGCCAUCCUGGUAACGGGAAUGUGGCGCUCUGAUGACUAGAUCUGACAGAUGGCUGAACCAGACAGUUUCUAUAAUGUGUAGAAGAUGGCUGGUUAGAAACUGAAAUUUCUGAUUUUUCUUUUCAACUAAAAAUCUAUUCUGAUUAUCACUGUUGGUUACAGUAAUAACAGUAAAAAUUAUCUACUGACCUUCAUUUGCAAAUGUCUUUUUGUUUCACCUGCAGCUUGUUUUGUGAAUGGAGCUCAAACUGAACUACACUGUUAGCGGUUUAUUCCCUGUUUGCUUCUAAUUUGUGACGUUUCCUGUUCUCAGUAAUUCCUCUUACUUCAGCUUUGAGCUUCAUUUGUGUUCUUUCUUUUCAGAGACACUUCUGUUUACACUGCCUGCUCAUGUAGUUACUUGUGAACAUUUAAAGUGUUUUUUUUUUACUUUGGAUUUUUUACAAACUGUGAUGAUUUUAAGUAUUCUCUACUUUGUAUUUAAACCCUUUGAAAAAUGCUGCUUCUGUGCUUGCCUCUGGAUUGAAGAUGUUGUGCCAAUGCUGUUUACAUGGACUAGAACCUGUACUGCUUUUCUGCCUAAUGUUACCACAUGCCUUACGUGUUUUCCAAAAUUAAUAAAAAGCAUAACAAAAGA